UCCUUUCAAGUAAAUCACCUAAAAUGAAAGUCGAUCAAGAGAACCGCGUGCCACCGACGCCCUCUUCAUCUCCUUCUAAGAAGCGAACUUCCUCGACUAACUCUUUUCUUCUUCAGCCUUCCUCGGCCAAGAAACGGGUCGUUCUAGGUGAACUCACCUGCUCCAUUGAUACCGGAUCGGUUCAUAACCCGAAUUGCAUAUCCAAGAAUGAGAGAUUUAGAGAUAGAGAUAGCGAUAAGAAGCCAACACGUGAAUUGAAAGAGAACAAGCAAAAACCUGGGGAUGUGAUUGAAGGAAGCUUUUCCGAUCUGAAGAAAUGCUCUUUUUCAUCUUCUAUAUAUUUACAUCUCCACUUUCUCGAGAUUGAGGAGAAAAGGAGGCCAUUGCCCGAUUACAUAGAGAAGGUGCAGAAUGAUCAUAUUACAGUGAAUAUGCGGGAAAUUCUUAUGGGAUGGUUGGUGGAAGUAACCGAGGAGUACAAACUUGUUUCCGAUACCCUUUAUCUUACAGUGUCAUACAUUGACAUAUUCUUGUCGGCUCAUUCUGUCAGUCGGAACAAAUUGCAACUCCUUGGUGUUUCUUGCAUGCUUAUUGCUUGUAAGUACGAAGAGAUCACCCCACCAGGUAUUGAUGAUUUUUGCUACAUAACAGAUAAUGCUUACACCAAGGAAGAGGUGAUUGAGAUGGAGAAAGACAUUCUUAAAUUGUUGGAUUUCAAAAUUGGUACUCCCACUACUAGGAAUUUCCUCAGACUUAUCAUGAGAGUUGCACAGGGAAAAUGCAAAUAUCAAGAAUUGCAGUUGGAAUUUUUGAGUUGUUAUCUAGCGGAGCUGAGCUUGCUGGACUAUGGAUGUCUACGAUUCUUACCGUCGAUAGUCGCUUCAGCAGCUAUUUUUCUUUCAAGAUUCAUAAUCCAACCAAACGCACAUCCUUGGAGCAAGUCACUGCAAUGUCACUCAGGCUACAGACCAAUUGACUUAAAGGAAUGCGUCCUUUCCAUCCAUGCCUUGCAUCUGAAUCGAAAACGAAGCUAUUUGAGAGCCGUGACAGAAAAGUAUAUGCAGCACAAGUUCAAGGGCGUGGCGAUGCUGUCUCCGCCAUCGGAAGUGCCUGAAUGUUAUUUUAAGGAUGCCGUUGAUGAAUGUUGUCUUUGCCAACUGGACGAUUAGAGUUGUUGAAAUGUUGUCCUUGCUCAAUGUCCUUACUUUUUUGGCAAAGUUAGUUCUGGAACUGUUAGUUUUGUAAAUCUUGAUGUUAAACAGAAAUAUAGCCCCAUACAUAUAGACCCAC